CCUUUAAUUUCCAGUACCCACACUCUUAAUCAGCUCGUAGCUGAGUAGUUUGGUACCACAAAAAUGGCAAAUCUCCUGUUCUCCUCACCUCUUCUACUCCCAUUAUUCCUCCUCCUCGUUUCUUCCACGCCCGAUCAUCACCAAGACCCCGAUGCAAUCGUCCAAGACGUAAACAGAAAGAUCAAUAACGCGUCUCUGGCUAGACGGGGUCUGGGCUACCUGUCAUGCUCGACCGGCAACCCGAUCGACGAUUGCUGGCGGUGCGAUCCCAACUGGGAGAAAAACCGCCAGCGCCUCGCGGACUGCGCGAUCGGGUUCGGCAAGGACGCGCUGGGCGGCAAGAACGGGCGGGUUUACGUGGUCACCGAUUCCGGGGACGAUGACCCCGUGAACCCGAAGCCCGGGACGCUUAGGCACGCGGUUAUCCAGGACGAGCCGCUUUGGAUAACGUUCCAGCGGGAUAUGGUUAUCCAGCUGAAGCAAGAGCUAGUGAUGAACUCGUACAAGACCAUAGACGGGCGAGGGGCUAGCGUGCACAUUGCGGGCGGGCCGUGCAUUACGAUUCACUAUGCGACUAAUAUUAUUAUUCAUGGGAUUCAUGUCCACGAUUGUAAGCCCGCGGGGAAUGGGGAUAUUAGGGACUCGCCCGAGCAUUCUGGGUGGUGGGAUGGGUCGGAUGGGGAUGGGAUUUCUAUCUUUCAAGGGAAGCAUAUUUGGGUGGACCAUUGCUCGCUCUCCAAUUGCCAUGAUGGGCUUGUGGAUGCGAUUCAUGGUUCCACCGCUAUUACCAUUUCUAAUAACUACUUCACUCAUCAUGACAAGGUCAUGCUCUUGGGUCAUAGUGAUGCCUAUACUCUUGACAAGAACAUGCAGGUCACCGUUGCCUUUAAUCAUUUUGGCGAGGGGCUGGUCCAAAGAAUGCCUAGGUGUCGGCAUGGGUAUUUCCACGUGGUGAACAAUGACUAUACUCACUGGGAAUUGUAUGCCAUUGGCGGCAGUGCAUCCCCUACUAUAAAUAGCCAAGGCAACAGGUUUCUUGCAUCAGAUGAUAGAUUUCGUAAAGAGGUGACAAAGCACGAGGAUGCGGCGGAAAGCGAAUGGAAAAGCUGGAACUGGCGAUCAGAAGGGGACUUGAUGUUAAACGGUGCGUAUUUCCGGCAGUCCGGUGCAGGGGCUUCCGCCUCAACCUACGCCAGGGCUUCCAGCUUAAGCGCCAGGCCGUCGUCUCUCGUGGCUUCUAUCACCACUGCCGCUGGUGCACUUAACUGCAAGAAAGGAUCCCACUGCUAAUAUAUAGUCUUUCCAAGCAGCUAGCUAGGGAUCUAUCGGAGUUUAUUUACACUUUUACCAACUUUAAUUUGCCACUAUGAUAAUAUGAUGUAUUAUCGGAAACGCGCCAUUAAUGCAUGGGCCGUGGCAAACUUUUGGCAACGACUAAAUAUUACACUCAUUUUCUAUUUCUA